AUGACGAUUUUUAUUAAUAACUGCGGAUCUAUUCGACGUUUGAAAAAGUAUGCGAUCUUUAGUACCAUCUUGUUAAUAUUGAGUCUGGCAGGACUCAUUGGUUUCGAUAUACUAUUCGUUGUGAGACCAAACACAUGUUUGUUAACAUCGAAUUGCACUGAACAAGCUGUAUUUCUAUCACCGGAGUUUAUUUUUGAUAUUUCACUCUUCGUUGAAUAUAAUCAGCAAGAAUUAAAACGAUUAAUUUUCUUCAUUCAACUGGGGUGUGCUGCAUUUUGCUUAUGUGCUUGUAUAAUUUACUUGAUAAAGGAAUGCUGCUGUAUGAAGACAAGUAUACAAGUAGAUGACAUAGGGAGAGCGUCUCGAUCUAAUAAUACUAUCAGUUCCCUGGCAGUCCAAACGCCAAUUCGUCCACCAUCAGAGAAGAAAACAGAGUCGGUGAAUUUAAUAACCGGAAAGUACAUACCAAUUUGGUCAACUAGCAAUCCAGUCACUUUUCAGAUCUCAAUUGCACCACCAUUUUGA